GUGUGCUCGUAGCACAGUAAACUGUUAACAUAUAGUCAGGGGCGGACUGACAACUCAUGGGGCCCCCGGGCAAUAGGGGAUCAUGGGGCCCCUGUGUCCUUGCCCACACUCAAACCACACCCAAAAAAGCCUAUGAAAGCUACCAGGGGCAUCUCAUGAGGCCCCUUACUGACCCCGGGCCGUCGGGCAGUGCCCAGGGGCCCCAUGAGUUGUCAGUCCGCCCCUGGUCAUAUUCGUACAGUGUUGCAUGACUGAGUAAUUGUCAUUCAAAAUGUGACAGCGCUGA